AUAAGUACUAAGUAAUCUUUUAUUUUUUAUAUAGGGCCACUCUAGAAACUAUUUGGUUAUACAUGACUGCAACUGUUCCUGAAUAGUUUUACAACGUAGCGUUGUAACUUUGAAAUUCAACUUUUUUGUAUUAUUUUAAUUUUUAAAAAAAAUGAUUUUAAAAUUGGUAUUUAUUUUGAUUAUUAUUGCGUAUGCUACCGGGGAUAGAACUAAAUCGAAUAACCAAUAUGAUGACGACGAUCGUGUCAAGGUUUUUCCAGAACUAGCGAUUAACAGCCAAAGUGAUACAAUGUCGAACCUACGUGGAGGAGGCAAUAGUGUUUAUUUUACAAAUGGUCUACCAACGAAUUUCGACUCGAGGAAAAAAUGGCCAAAUUGUCCAUCGAUCGGUCAUAUUUACAAUCAAGGAAACUGUCGUUCGAGUUAUGCUGUAGCGGCAGCUUCUGCAGCGUCUGAUAGGAUAUGUAUCCAUUCCAACAGCACAAAAAAUCCUAUAAUGUCUGCACAACAGAUAAUUUCUUGCUGUUAUUUGUGUGGAUAUGGAUGUGAUGGUGGAUCACUAUUCGAGUCGUGGGACUUUUACAGGAGACAUGGAUUUGUGUCAGGUGGAGAAUAUAACUCUAACCAGGGUUGUCAACCAUAUACAAUCCCACCAUGUAAACUAAUAAACGAAAAACCACCUGGACACAGCUGUACGACAUUUAACAGAGAGGAAACACCAACAUGUGAAAAAAAGUGUAAUAACCCAAAUUACUACACUUCGUUCAGAGCCGAUAUUUACAGGGGUAAAUAUUAUAAAGUAUCUCCUUACAUGGCUAUGAAAGAAAUUUUUGAUAACGGCCCGAUAACAACUCAGUUUUAUAUGUACAGAGAUUUAGUUGAUUACAAAUCUGGUGUAUAUCAGUACGAUGAGCAGUCAGAUGUCGAUUUCUUUACCGUCCAUAGUGUAAAGAUUUUCGGUUGGGGUGAAGAAAACGGCUCCCCUUACUGGUUGGCAGCCAACUCGUUUGGUACGGAUUGGGGUUAUCACGGAACUUUUAAGAUUUCAAGAGGUAAUGACGGAUGCUUCUUCCAAGAAAAAAUGUACGCUGGAUUACCAUUUUAAUAAAUGUAUUGUUCAUGAUGUCAUAAGAUAACUAUCAAUUAAUGUUCGACUAAACGAUAAAUAUUAUAAAAUAUAAAUAUGUACAUCAACAAUAUAUAUAU